AGGAUGAAGUUGGAGAAGGAUCCCCGGGACAGGAGGAUACUUCACAUACUGGACUCCGCGGGUAAACUCUACUCACAGUUCAGUGAGAGGAGGGACUCUGCUGUGGGGACAGUCCCUCACCAGUCCGGAUCAUGCCGGUCCGACGGGGCCAUGUGGCUCCGCAGAACACUUUCCUGGACACCAUCAUUCGCAAGUUCGAGGGGCAGAAUCGUAAGUUCAUCAUCGCCAACGCUCAGGUGGAAAACUGCGCCAUCAUCUUCUGUAACGACGGCUUCUGUGGGAUGUGCGGGUACAGCCGGGCGGAGGUGAUGCAGAAGCCGUGUACCUGCAGCUUCCUGUACGGACCUCACACCAAGAGACCGGCGGUUGCUCAGAUGGCCAAAGCUCUGCUGGGUUCCGAGGAGAGGAAGGUGGAGAUCUCCCUUUACACUAAAGAUGGAGUGUGCUUCCACUGUGCGAUCGACGUGGUUCCUGUGAAGAAUGAAGAUGGCCUCGUCAUCAUGUUCAUCCUGAACUUUGAGCUCCCCACAGACCCCCGACCCUCCAACAGCUCCCCCUCCAGAGAGCUGAACCGAGUGCUGAGGAUCCCCUGGCUCACCCUGGCUCGGCGACAGCGUCUGCGCCUCCUCUUGCGACCCCUCAGCCCCACCUCCAGCGUCUUAUCAGCCGACACAGAGCUGGGUGCCUCCCUCCCCCCUCUGGGACACGAGUCUGUGGCCCUGGACAAACUGCUGUCCCUCCCUGAGAGACAGCAGCUGGAGGAGGCUGGAGCUGCACUGCUGCUGUGGGACAAAGAGGAGGAGGAGGAGGAGGAGGAGGAGGAGGACCAAGAGAGGACAACAGAGAAGGACAGCUUGGUGGAGUCCAGGAGGUGGAGCGAGGGAGGCAGAUGGGGAGAAGGAGCUGAUGCUUGUGGACUGCUGAUGGAUACAGGUACAGGAGGAGGAGGGAGGAGAGGAAGGGAGCCACCUCCAACUCCGACCUCCACCCCUCCAACACUGACCCUGACCUCCUCACAUCCAUCACCAAGGGAGGAGGAAGGAAGAGGAGGAGAUGAAGAGGACCGUCUGUUCCACAUCAGUUGUCCCUCCAACAGGUUGGACGGCAGCUGUGUCAGUCUGAAACACUCGUCCUCAGUGGACGACAUCAAGAGUGGGCAGAGUUGCAGGGACAAGAGGCUGCAGCUGAGACACAGCUGUGCAGGUAUGGUUACCAUCAGAAAGAGCAGUGUACCUGUUAGGAUGUCAGACACUGACCUGCGAACCAACAGCCAGCCUCCAGUCAGUCCAACCUGGUUCCAAUCACACUGCCAGCUCUUCUCACUAGUUAGUCCUGUCGCCUCGCAUCCUUGUGUUUUAUACUGCUUCCCCAGCAGACUGCAGCAUAGAAUAACACACUUGCCACCACAGACUGAUAAAACACUAUUUUUAAAAACUCAGAUGACCCAGAACCUCCUGGACACAAAGACAGACGCCUUUGUGGCGUUACCUCCCGGUGAAAUCAGACCGCCCAGCAAACUGAUGGACAGAACUCACCAUGUCACAGAGAAAGUCACUCAGGUGCUGUCUCUGGGUGCUGAUGUUUUACCUGAGUAUAAACUGCAGACCCCCAGGAUCCAGAAGUGGACCAUCCUCCACUACAGUCCCUUUAAAGCAGUGUGGGACUGGGUCAUCCUGCUGUUAGUCAUCUACACGGCCAUAUUCACUCCUUAUUCUGCCACCUUCCUGCUCAGUGACCAGGAGGAGGCGGCCAUGCAGACCUGUGGGUACUCCUGUUCCCCACUGAAUGUGGUGGAUCUGAUUGUGGACAUCAUGUUCAUCGUCGACAUCAUCAUCAACUUCAGGACCACCUAUGUGAACUCCAACGAUGAGGUGGUGAGUCAGUCCCUGAAGAUCGCCGUCCACUACUUUAAAGGCUGGUUCCUCAUCGACAUGGUGGCCGCCAUUCCCUUCGACCUCCUCAUCUCCCGCUCAGGAGAGGAGGUGACCACCACUCUGAUUGGCUUACUGAAGACUGCGCGGCUGUUGCGGUUGGUUCGUGUAGCCAGGAAGUUGGACCGUUACUCAGAGUACGGCGCGGCCGUCCUCUUCCUCCUCAUGUGCACAUUUGCCCUCAUCGCCCACUGGCUGGCCUGCAUCUGGUAUGCCAUAGGUAGUGUGGAGCGGACCACCUCAGCUGGGAUUGGCUGGCUGUCCACUCUGGGCAAAGAGCUGGGGAAGCCCUAUAACGAAUCCAUCAUGGGGUCUGGUCCCUCCAUCAGAGACAAAUAUGUCACCGCUCUGUACUUCACCUUCAGCAGUCUGACCAGCGUCGGCUUCGGAAACGUCUCCCCAAACACCAACUCUGAAAAGAUCUUCUCCAUCUGCGUCAUGCUCAUCGGAGCUCUGAUGUAUGCCAGCAUCUUCGGUAACGUGUCGGCCAUCAUCCAGCGGCUGUACUCAGGUACGGCCCGUUACCACGCCCAGAUGAUGAGAGUCCGAGAGUUCAUUCGCUUCCACCAGAUCCCCAACCCUCUGAGACAGAGACUGGAGGAGUACUUCCAACAUGCCUGGUCCUACACAAAUGGGAUCGACAUGAACGCUGUUUUAAAAGGUUUCCCAGAGUGUCUGCAGGCAGAUAUCUGUCUCCACCUCAACAGAUCCCUGCUGCAGAACUGUAAGGCCUUCAAAGGAUCCACUAAAGGCUGUCUCAGGGCUCUGGCCAUGAGGUUCAGGACCACCCACGCUCCUCCAGGUGACACGCUGGUCCACGCUGGAGACCUGAUAACAGCGCUGUACUUCAUCUCCAGAGGCUCCAUCGAGAUCCUCAAAGGAGACGUGGUGGUGGCCAUACUGGGGAAGAACGAUAUCUUCGGGGAGCCCAUCAACCUGUUCGCUCUGCCGGGAAAAUCCAGCGCUGAUGUCCGAGCUCUGACCUACUGCGACCUUCACAAGAUCUACAGAGACGAGAUGAUGGAGGUCCUGGACAUGUAUCCUGAGUUCUAUAAAGAUUUCUGGUCAAAUUUGGAGAUCACCUUCAACCUGAGAGACGUGAGUAUCUCAUGUGGCCUGCUGAAUGAAGAAGGGUCAGACUGUGAGGGAUCCAGCCGACUGAGGAGGAAACACAAGCUGUCCUCGACACACACAGGUGACACAUCCUCGCUGAGCAGGCAGAGAGCUGCCUACAGGAGACGCAAACGUGAGGAGGAGGAGCAGCGUAACAUCCACGACAAAGACGAUCAUAAACACACACUGUAUGGCCCUGUGUUCUCCAGUGAGGAUGAGGAGGAGGAACAAGACGUAAACAGCCCUGCUCACACUUCCAGGCUCCACACUGCUGCUGCCAACACAGAAAGGAGCUGCAACCCUCUGACAGGCAGGUGGACAGGUGCUUUAUCAGGAGUUUCCAACAUCUUUACGUUCUGGGGCUCAGAGAGUCGGGACAAACAGAGAUACCAGGAGGUGCCAUGCUCCCACAGCCUCCCCUCUCCUCCUCCUCCUCCCUCAAGCCCUCCUCCUCCUCCUCCUCCUGAUCUGGUUGUUUCCAGGAGGCAGAGGAUGGAGUUGCAGAAGAAGCUGGAGGCUCUGCAGAGUCAGAUCAGCAGGUUGGAGUCCAGCAUGUCAGCAGACAUCAGCACCAUCAUGCAGUUGCUGCAGAGACAGACCCCCAUGGUCCCACCCUCCUACAGCAUGCUGACAACCACACCAGACGCACCCUCCUCCACCACCCUGCCCCCCAUAGGGUCCUCCCCCACUGGCACCCCGACUCCCAACUCCCCCACAGACACCAACCAGAACAGCAACCACCAAACCUCAGCAGCAACAGUCCAAUAA